GUUCAAUUACAACACAUUGAGAGACCCCUCCUCUCUAAUUAUUAUUAUCGGACAAGGCCACAAACGUUUUGGCUGCUUUUCAGUUAGGAUAAGACCGGUGACGGAGCGCCGGCGGUUCCAGUGGCGUACCGCAUCCACCCAUACCUAGCUGCUGCUGCUACUACUACUACCCCAGCGUCUCCUUCUUCAACAUUAUUGCACUCAAGCUUGGUGCGAAUGGUGGCUUCCGCGCUUUUUUGCAGCAGCAGCAGGAGGACGAAACACCCACUCGCAUUACCUCUGCUCUUCCUCUCUCUCUGCGCUUCUCUCGCUUUCUCCGCCCGCCUCCCGGCCUCCCGCCGUGACCUUCAUCUACAUAACCACUUGAAAAGGCUAAACAAAUCUCCCGUCAAAAGCAUUCAGAGCCCGGAUGGGGAUAUCAUUGAUUGUGUGCACAUCUCCAAACAGCCUGCUUUUGACCACCCUUUUCUCAAAGACCACAAGAUCCAGACGAGGCCAGACUACCACCCAGAAGGCCUCUAUGAUUUGGAGAAGGAAUCUUUUGUUGGAACAAAACAAGGAACAAAUCCAAUAACUCAGCUAUGGCACACGAAUGGACAUUGUCCUGAGGACACAAUCCCUAUAAGGAGGACAAAGAGAGAGGAUGUAGCAAGGGCAAGUUCUGUGAAGAAAUAUGGGAAGAAGAAGCACAAGAGCUAUCCUAAGCCCAGCGGUACAGAUCCUGGCAUUGUCAGUGAAAGUGGUCAUCAGCAUGCAAUAGGUUAUGUACAGGGGGAGAGAUAUUAUGGAGCAAAGGCGACCAUUAAUGUUUGGGAACCCAAAAUACAGCAGUCUAAUGAGUUCAGCUUAUCCCAGAUCUGGGUUCUUGGUGGUUCUUUUGGACAAGACCUUAACAGCAUUGAGGCUGGUUGGCAGGUCAGCCCAGACUUGUAUGGUGACAAUAACACUCGGCUGUUCACUUACUGGACAAGUGACGCAUACCAAGCCACAGGUUGUUACAACCUUCUCUGCUCGGGAUUCAUUCAGGUCAACAGUCAAAUAGCAAUGGGUGCAAGCAUAUCUCCUGUUUCUGCAUAUCGAAAUUCACAGUAUGAUAUCAAUAUUCUUAUCUGGAAGGAUCCGAGUCAAGGAAAUUGGUGGAUGCAGUUUGGGAGUGACACAGUUCUUGGAUACUGGCCAUCCUUCUUAUUCUCAUACUUGGCUGACAGUGCAAGCAUGAUCGAAUGGGGUGGGGAGGUGGUGAACACGCAGCCUGACGGCUUGCACACCUCUACCCAAAUGGGCAGCGGCCAUUUCCCAGAAGAAGGAUUCGGGAAGGCGGGGUAUUUUCGGAACAUCCAAAUAGUUGACAGUUCAAACAACCUCAAGUCACCCAAAGGCCUUGGCACCUACACUGAGCAGUCAAACUGCUAUGAUGUCCAGACAGGCAAGAAUGAGGACUGGGGCCAUUAUUUCUAUUUUGGAGGCCCUGGUAGGAACUCUAACUGCCCAUGAAAGUUGAAAAAGUCUAGCCCCCCAUAACUUCCAACCUGUAUCAUUAAAUGUAAUCUAAUUUUUCCUUUUCUUUGAGGAUUUUAGGCAUCAGUUAGUUGUAAUUGUGAACGUAUGUUUAUAUAAUAUAUGUUCUCGUAAAGUGUUUUGAUAUUUUAUCCUUUAACUCUUUGAGUCUUUUGCUCGUUUCAAAGUCUUUGUUCUUUUGUAAGCUUACAAGAAAAUGUCCCAAAUCAUUUCUCAUGCUAGGCAGUAGGCACUUUGCUAGUAAAAAUAGGUAAAAGACACCUUUGUCACUUUGUGUUUGUAAUUUUAUUGUGCCCUUGAAUUAGUGAUGGACCUGGGCCGGGCCAAGGCCCGGUCGGACCUCGGGUCUGGUAUAGGUUGGCCCAGGACCGACCUGGACUAUGGCCGGUUCCGGUUCGGGCCGGGCCACCCGGCCGGGUCACGGGUCGGGCCACCCGGCCGGGUCACGGGUCGGGCCACCUGCCGGGCCGGGCCGUUUCAUUAUAUUUUUUUUUAAAUAAUUAUAUAUUAUACAAAUUCCUAUUAAAAAAAAGUUCAAGUGCAUUUAUUUGAAAUAAGAAUUACAUUUGAGAAUUGAGAAAAAAAUAACAAUAUGAAAUACAUUUUCUAAUAAAUAUCAAUUGAGAUUUCCGCCACCGUUGGUUGUUGUUUUUUCCCUUUGUCACAGGACUUCAUAUGUUUUAUUGGCAUCCCGUAUUCGUGUGAAUGCCCCAAGCAACACUCUUGCAUCACUUGCAAGUUGUCCACCACAGUCCGGUCUUCGGGUCCUUUUACUUAUCAAAAUUGUUUUGCAUAAGGGAAGAUGUACUUUCCAUCUUUAAAAUGAUACUCCCUCCGUCCCAAAAAUAACUUCCCACUUUCCUUAAAUAGAUGUCUCAAAAUUAACUUCCCACUUCAAUACUUUCCUUAUUUGGCAAAUUAUCUACAUCAAAAAAGUGAUAAACAGUGCCAAACAGUGCACUCUACAGUAAAGUCAAAUUUAUUUCCUAAAUAUGUGUGUAGGUCAAACUGGGAGGUUGUUUUCGGGACAGAGGAAGUAUAUGUAUAAGUAGGAAUGUAGGAUAAUAAGAGAAGAUGAAGAUGGAGAAGAGUUGGAGAAUAAGAAAAUAAGUAUUAAUGAAAUAUAAGUAGAGAAGUAGAUAUUAUUAUGUAUUAAGUAUAUAGUAAUAGUUUAUAAAGUAUAUUUAAUACUUUAAUAUAUAAAGUAUAUAUUAAGUAGAUGUAGUAUGUAUGUAUGUAUUAAGAGAUAUAAG